AUGGUGAAAUCCUCCCUGCAGCGAAUUCUCAACAGCCACUGUUUCGCCAGAGAGAAGGAAGGGGAUAAACGCAGCACCACGCUCCACGCCAGCCUUAGUCAAUACAGCCUAGGCUGCUGCAGCAGCUCCAGCAGCCAAAGUUCUAGGGUCGCCCUCCAUUGCUGUAGUAACCUGGGUCCGGGGCCUCGGUGGUGCUCCGAUGUCCCUCACCCACCCCUGAAAAUCCCAGGAGGGCGAGGGAACAGUCAGCGGGAUCACAGUCUUUCAGCUAGAGUCCUCUACUCUGACGAGCGGCUGAAUGUCACAGAGGAGCCAUCUAACAACAAGACCAGGGUCCUGAGCAUCCAGUCCACACUCACGGAGACCAAGCAGGUCACCUGGAGGGCAGUGUGGAAUGGUGGUGGCUUCUACAUCGAGCUUGCUGCUGGGCCCCUGCCUGAGGGCAGCAAGGACAGUUUCACAGCUCUUCUAGAGUUCACAGAGGAGCAAAUCCAGGCUGACCAUGUUUUCAUCUGCUUCCCCAAGAAACAUAAGGACAGAGUCACCCUGCUCCAAACCUCCAGCUUUCUUGGCUCUGAGAUUGUGAGACCUGGGCAUCACAUGAUGCAGCUCCUUUAA